GGGGUAAUGGCUUCUAAUUUCCUCUGUUAGUUGGACGGGUAUUUUGCUCUGGGUCGCCAUGAUUUUUUGGGGUCGCUGGAGGAGAGGGACAUCGCGAUUUUUCUUCUUGUUGUAUGUCCAGGUGAGCAAAAGUUUCAAUUUUUCCGCUGUUCAGAUUUUUCAGAUGUAUAAUGUAUGGGAGUAUGAGGAUGUGUCCAGUUCUCCAUACUGGACAAGGGUUAUGAUGAUUUCCUUGUGGGUUGUUCCGUCCGUCUUGGGCAAAAUUGUUCCUCAGUCCAAUCCCAGAUCUCCAAGAUGUCCCGGACCUCAGAGAAAAGGGAAAGUGGGAGACAACCGAGAGAAGACCGCAAGAACAGGCAUGGAAUUGAAUAUUGUUAGUGUCUUGUGUUAUAACAUUUGGGCUGGAGACAAAAGCAUGUACACUGUGCAACAAUAAUUAUGCUGAAAAUG